AUGGCGGUGGCGGACGGACAGGGAGACGAGGAGGGCGAGGCGGGAAGCACUUGCGGGGCGGCCCUGGUCCUCCUCAGCCGCCCUGGCCGGUCUUGCCGAGGAGCAGAGGAGGGCGGAGAGGGGCUUGAAGGAGACCCGUUUCCGGACGAGCGGCAGCGGGCGGCAGAGCUCUCCCUGCGUCGGACGCGCUUCCUCCGGGGCCGCCCAGUGCCUGGCGGGGCUGAGCCUCCCCAUAACCAGAUCAGCAGCGGGGAAAUUGGAUCAGGGCGGUACGAGGUCUGCCUGCUUCCUUCUGCGCGAAUGUCAGCGCCCGCGGGCGUGGAACCUCGCUCGCCUCGAAGCCCCGUCUUCACCGGGCAGAGGGCCAGCCUCCACGGCCCUUAUUGCAUUUGUGCUUGUGAAGCUGGGGCUAAGCUCUCUGGUUUUGAUAUCCUCGUUUGCGACCCAGCAAUACGCAGGAAAUGGGGGACGGGGGAGUUCCAGGCACGGGACGCCAGCCUGGCCGUCAUCAUCCGGGAAGGGAUGGCUGAGCAGAGGACACCAUUGCGCUGGGGUUGGAGGCGGCAGAGCCGGAGCGGGAUUCGUCCCAGAGCUCCUGGGCCCACGGGCCAAAGGCGCCGCAGCCCCAGCGAGGCCCACCUUCCCCUCGAAGGCCGAGUGCACCCAGCACCCCCCCCCGCAGUCCCACCGCCGGAGAACCAGGCCCCUUCUUCCUCAGGACAAGUGGCUGGUGGGACCGGAGCGGGCAGGCAGAAUGUGCUGGAAGUGACGGUCCACGUCCAGCCGCUCUGCUGGAGAGGGCCGAGGCUGAGCGGGUGCGGCAGGGAGACGGACGCUCGGGACUGGGUGGCAGAUGUGUGCAAAGGCCCCGUGGCGGUCUCCCCAGCCGUGCCCCGGCGACCUCUCCUCCCCCCUUGCAGCCCCUUCUCUGGCAGCCCAGCCAUGCACCCCACACCGAUCUGCACCCCACACCGAUCUGCACCCCAGCCACGCGCCCACUCCUUCCGGAGCAGCCGUGGCGCCAGCUGGAGCUGGUGGGGAAAUCGAGGCGACAGAAGAGGCAACAGCGGGCUGUGGAGAGAGCGUCUGAACACUGACUAUGUGGACAAAUGCGAUUACCGCCGCAGCCGGGGCCCACCCCGCGAGGGGCCGGGGUAUAAAGGGCCAAGGUGGGGCCGGGCCCCCGAGCGAGCGAGCCAGCUGGCCGCAGCCAUGCGGGCCCCCGGCCGCCGGUGCCGCCGGGCCAACCUCCCCAGCCCCAGCGCCCGCGAGGCCGCCUCCGUGUACGGCACGGCCGUGGCCAUCUUCCUGGUCAUCCUGGUGGCCGCGUUGCAGGGCUCGGCGCCCCCCGAGAGCCCCUUCCCCUACCACAUCCCCCUGGACCCCGAGGGGGUCCUGGAGCUCUGGUGGAACGUCAGCUACGCCCGGCAGGACGUGCAUUUCCAGCUCCUGGUGCACGGGCUGCAGGCCGGGGUCCUGUUCGGGAUGUCCGACCGCGGGGAGCUGCCGGGCGCCGACCUCGUGGUGCUCUGGACGGAUGGCGGCAGCGCCUACUUUGCCGACGCCUGGAGUGACCAGAAGGGGCAGCUACACCUGGAUGCCCAGCAGGACUACCAGCUGCUGCGGGCACAGGGGACGCCGGAUGGCCUGUCCCUGCUGUUCAAGAGGCCCUUUGCCACCUGCGAUGCCCAGGACUACCUCAUUGAGGACGGCACCGUCCACCUGGUGUACGGCAUCCUGGAGCAGCCCUUCCCGUCCCUGGAAGCCAUCAACACCUCGGGCCUGCAGACGGGGCUGCAGCGGGUGCAGCUCCUGAAGGCCGAGGUCCCCACCCCGGCCCUGCCCGCGGACACACAGACCAUGGAGAUCCGCGCGCCCGACGUCCUGAUCCCCGGCCAGGAGACCACGUACUGGUGCCACGUCACCGAGCUGCCCCCCGGCUUCUCCCGGCACCACAUCGUCAUGUACGAGGCCGUCGUCACCGAGGGCAACGAGGCCCUGGUCCACCACAUGGAGGUCUUCCAGUGUGCGGCCGAGUUCCAGACCUUCCCCCGCUUCAGCGGCCCGUGCGACUCCAAGAUGAAGCCCCAGCGCCUCAACUACUGUCGCCACGUGCUGGCCGCCUGGGCCCUGGGCGCCAAGGCCUUUUACUACCCAGAGGAAGCUGGUGUCGCUUUUGGGGGACCUGGGCUCUCCAGAUACCUCCGCCUGGAAGUUCACUACCACAACCCACUGAAGCUGCAAGGCCGCCGAGACUCCUCGGGCAUCCGCCUGCACUACACAGCCGCGCUCCGGCCCUUCAACGCGGGCAUCCUGGAGCUGGGCCUGGUGUACACGCCAGUGAUGGCCGUCCCGCCCCGCGAGGCCGCCUUCCAGCUGACCGGCUACUGCACCGACGAGUGCACGCGGCGGGCCCUGCCGCCCUCCGGAAUCCACAUCUUUGCCUCCCAGCUCCACACACACCUGACGGGGAGGAAGGUGGUCACCAUGCUGGCCCGCCACGGCCACGAGACGGAGAUCGUGAACAGGGACAACCAUUACAGCCCUCACUUCCAGGAGAUCCGCAUGUUGAAGAAGGCCGUGUCUGUCUACCCAGGCGACGUGCUGGUCACCUCCUGUACGUACAACACGGAGGACAGGAAGCUGGCCACCGUGGGGGGCUUCGGGAUUCUGGAGGAGAUGUGCGUCAACUACGUACACUACUACCCCCAGACGGAGCUGGAGCUCUGCAAGAGCGCCGUGGACGAUGGCUUCUUGCAGAAAUACUUCCACGUGGUGAACAGGUUCAACAGUGAAGAUGUCUGCACCUGCCCGCAGGCCUCGGUCCCCCAGCAGUUCGCCUCUGUGCCCUGGAACUCCUUUAACCGCAACGUGCUCAGGGCCUUGUACGACUUCGCCCCGAUCUCUAUGCAUUGCAACAAGUCCUCCGCCGUCCGCUUCCCGGGUGAAUGGGAUCUGCAGCCCCUGCCCAAGAUCAUCCCCACCCUGGAAGAGCCCACCCCACAGUGCCCUGCCAGCCGGGCCCGGAGCCCCAGCGGGCCCACCAGGGUCCACAUCGGCCCGGGCAGAGGUUAAGGGCCCCCCCCCCAUCCUUGCCUU